GAAAUCUAACCUAAAAAACCCGAAUCGGCCGUUGGUCUCAUGUGGUGGGGAUUAUUCCCGCCGGAGUUUUUCACCAUUUUCUCAACCAUUGAAGGCUAAUUUUCCAGAAUUUGUGUACCACAAAAAAGUACACAAUUUAGCAAAUUCUGUCUUCAUUUACGUGGAAGCAAUGCCGCCAAAACGAAGACGUUCCAAUUCGGUGCGGGAGUCCGAUACUGGCGCUGUGAAGCUUCCGAAGAAACUCAAGGUUGUAAUUGAGCACGACGUACCGGUCGGGUUGCAAAGGAGCGGCGUGGUGCUGGUAACGGGCGCAGGUGAUGUAGGCCAGCUCGGCAUGGGUAGUGACAUCCUGGAGAAGAGCAGGUUCUCGUUGGUAAACAUGGAGCACGAAAUCGUCGACGUGUGCGCCGGCGGAAUGCACACUGUGUGUCUGACGAAGACUGGCAAAGUUUUAACCUUUGGUUGCAAUGACGAGGGUGCUUUAGGUCGAAUUACGGCUGACAAGGAGGAUUCCGAGUUUACUGCUGACGAAGUUGAGCUGCCUGACAAAGUCGUGCAGGUGUCUGCCGGAGAUUCCCAUUCUGCUGCCUUACUGUGUGACGGACGCGUUUUCAUCUGGGGCACAUUUAGGGUGUGUAUUGCGUAGUGUUUCUAAGGAGAG